CUCUUCCAUAUCAAUUCCGCCAUUUUGUAUCCGUUCUCAUUCAUUUUAUCAGGAAGUGUUGGUGUAAACAAGUCCUCUAUAAUAGUCUGUGAUCAGGGACAAUAUUAGAUAAAAUUGAAUUUGCAAUUUGGAUAUAUGCGAUUUAUUUUCUCAUCUCACUCAGUCGUUGCCAUAUUUUCUGUCCCCCUAUCGUUUGAACAUUAUUCGACGCUAUUUUGUCCCGUGCCUCAUGCAGAUGUAGUGAGCCACCUUUUAUAUGAAAGACAUUAAAAAAGAACACUUGAAAAUUCUUUGUCUACAAAUGCAGUCAGAUGGAACUAUUCUCGCUGUUGUCAAUCUUAUUCCAAGGACAAUAAUUAUUCCUUCUGUGUUACUCGAUGGAAGCACAUACAUUGUGCAAUGAAAAAAAAUAAGCAUGGCAUCCAAGAAUUGUUGUUGCCUGUCCAGAACGUCUUUGGGAAAGAGUGUAUUUGAUGGCAUAGAGAUCUGAUUACUAUGGAUUCACAACAGGACUUGUCUGCCCAAUCCGUGCAAUCAACCGUAGUAAAUCUUCAAGACUUGCACAGCUACCUUGUAACUUUUAACAAAGAAAUAGGGCCAAGUGAUCAAAGUGCAUUUCAGUUAAAAACUGUGCAGGUUGGAACAAGUAUAGUGGAAGACAAAUCAGAUUGUGUGAAAGAUGAAGAAACUGAAGGGACAUUAAAUGAUGCAUCAGAGGCUAUUGGUGAGACAAACAAAGUUGUAGACAUUGGAACUCUAUCUGUGAAUUUAGGACAAAUGCAGGAUGAGGGCAGCACACAAGAAUUACAUGCAGCGGAUCAAAAUAAUGGCAUGGUCCAGGUUCAGGUACCUGUGUCUGAGAUGGGAAACUCCAAUUUGAUUCAACAUGUUCAAGUCAUCUCAAUCAAUGGAAACCAAUGCUCAACUAUUCUCAGUUCAAAUUCCUCUACUGAACUGCAAACUGGACAAUGUGAACAGGCUAUUCUAUCAUGCAAUGAGAAAUCUGAAGCAGAAGCAGUGCUAGCAACAGUGUCAACAUCUAGUUCUGGUCAGAUGGAGUCUGAAGAUGUUGCAGGAGCCCAGCUGGUAGCGUUACAGAACUCUUCUGACAGUUCCCAGCCCCAGCUAGUUGCUGUACAGACAGAAGAUAUACCUCCAGAGGCAGUGGAAGCUUCUCAAAUGCUCAUACCAAACAUUGCUGGGGGCGAAAAACUGCCAAUGGUCACCCUCAUGCCUCCAGAUGGAAGUCAGGGAGAACCCAUGAACUACUUUUUGAUUGUGACAAACAGUAAUGAGAAGGAUGGGACAAACUUAAAGCCAGUCACACUUGAUAUGAGGCACCUAAGUGAGAUCAAGACUGAGAAAGAUGAAGUGGAAGAGUUGAUUGAUGAAGAUGGGAAUGUUCGAAGAGUAAUCGAAAUCGCACCUAAAUUUGACAUUCAUGGAACACAUACCACACUGUUGCAAUGCAGAUACUGUGAAUACACUAGUCCUAAACGCUACUUGCUGAUGAGACACAUGAAAAGCCACUCUGAGGAUAAACCACAUAAAUGCAAUGUUUGUGAUAGGGGGUUUAAAACCAUGGCUUCCCUACAGAACCAUGUUAACACUCACACAGGAACUCGUCCGCAUAAAUGUAAAGAAUGUGAGUCUGCUUUCACCACUUCUGGAGAGCUUGUUCGACACAUUAGGUACAAACAUACCUUUGAGAAGCCACACAAAUGUACUGAGUGUGAGUAUGCCAGUGUUGAACUGAGUAAACUGAAGAGGCACAUGAGAUCUCAUACAGGAGAAAGACCUUAUCAAUGUAUGCAUUGUAAUUAUGCCAGUCCAGACACGUACAAACUGAAACGCCACUUACGAAUCCAUACUGGAGAAAAGCCAUAUGUCUGUGAUAUCUGUCAAGCACGAUUCACUCAGAGCAAUAGUCUAAAGGCUCACAAGCUGAUUCACACUGGGAACAAGCCGGUGUUUCAGUGUGAGCUCUGUCCCACUACUUGUGGCAGAAGGACUGAUUUAAAAAUCCACAUGAUGAAACUUCACUCAAGCAGCACUCCAUUGCAGUGUAAGAAAUGUGCUGAGACUUUUCCUGAUAGAUAUUCUUGCAAAAUGCACAUGAAAACACAUGAAGGGGAGCGAUGUUUUAAAUGUGAGCAGUGUGACUAUGCUGCCAUGUCGUUACGCCAUUUAGAAGCACACAUUCUAACACAUACAGGGGAAAAACCAUAUGAGUGUGAUGAGUGUGAUGCCACUUUUCGACAGAAGCAGUUACUUAAACGACAUAAAGGCCUCUAUCACACUGAUGAAACUACAUGUAUCUUAGGAGCCCCAACAAAGGACAGCAGAUUAAUUAUUGCCAAAGGAGAGACAGAUGAAAAUAGCAGGAUAAAAUCAGAGAGCAUAGAGUCUUCCUUAACAAGUGAUCAACUACUUCAUGGGAGCUUGUUGACUGAUCUGAAAGCUGGUCGGUUGGGAAACAUGCCAAAAGUUGUAAUAGUACAUCCAGAUGGCAGUGUGGAGGAAGUCACCACAAAACUGCAUAAUUUGGCACAAGAGAAGUCAAUGGAGGAGGUCAUUGUGGCAGAUAAAUUGGAUAAUAUUUCCCAUGACAAAGUCAUGGAGGAGGUUAUGAUGCAUAUAGUAGAUGAAGAGACCCAGGAAUCAGAAAAUUCAAAGUCUGCUGCCCCAGAAGAUUACACAUUUACUGUAGCUCAGACUGGUGACAGAGAAUCAGAUGGAGCACCUAUUCAGACUUAUACCAUGAUUCCAAAUGGAUCUCAGAUUCUGAGAGAUGAGGGCACACAAGCCACCCUAGAAACCGACAGUGAACAAAGUAAUGAAUCUCAGAAUAACAUGACCACCCUAAUCAGUAGCCAGACUAUUCAAAAGACAGCAGACACAGUUCUAGUCAGGAAUAAUAUGGAUAGUAUCCCAACUCUGCAAGAUGAGACUGGGAUGAAGAUUGACUUGCAAACAACUUUAGAUGUGAAUGGUGAUCCCAUUACAUUUUGUACUAGUCCUCCCUCAAUGAUGACUUCACAUGAAUUAAAUAUAGAAACACUAGACAGUCAACUUCAGACGGUGGUAUAUAGUUACUCUUGUGCACCAUUGCAACAAUGCUGUUUCCUUCAAAAAUGUUAUUUGUUUAUUAAAUUAACUUUCUAUAUCACUAUUAGGUAUCCAUUGUUUACCAUUUAGUUAUGUGAAUCCCAAAAUAAAAGAACCACUUCGUUUUUCCAUUUUACAAGAUGGCAUCCAUGACAUAUAUAGGGACGCAUUAAUCACCUGAAGUACUAAAUUCCUGACUGACCUUACCAAGCAUAGAUUUUGUCAAAAAAAAUUCUUUUAAAGUCUUAUUUAUGAAGUCAAUGAAGGUUAUAGAUAAAAUUUAUGAACCCUGUCAACUGUCAUUAAAAAUUCUUAAUUUUAUAUAGGUCAGAUCAAUUCAUUGUUGGUAGUCAACAAAUUUUCAUACAGUGAAUGAAUAUAAAUUCAUGAAUUUAUGUUAAAAAUGUUUUUGAAGUUCCUUCAAUAUAUGAAGAAUUAUACAUGAUUAUGAAGAAAAUGUCUUUAAAAUUCAUAGAUAAAAAUUUAAAAGUCUUUCCAUGGCAAAAUGUAUGCUUGGUAAGGUCAGGUAGGGUUAUACUUGUUUAGGUGAUUAGUGCAUCCCAAUGUACAUAAUGGAUGCCAUUUAAACAUUUAGCAUUUGUUUUUAUUUGGGGAUAUACAUAUCAAAAUGGUAUGCAAUGCAUAACUGAUGCUAACCAGAAGUUAGUUUCAUAAACAGAUAACUUAUUGAAAGCAAAUAGCAGUGUUGCCAAGGUGCAGAAUAAUUGCCAGUGCCAGCUGAAGUUGACUGAUCUUCCACACUUGAAUCAUGAAGGACUGUCCCCAGAUUUGGCAGAGUCAUCUGUCAAAAUAUCCAGCCGAGCAGAAUCAGUGGGAAUAUAGAAAGUAGUGAAAAACCAUUUUAUUUUAUUUUUUAAACAUCUCAAAAAAUUGGUGCGGGGGAUCCGUAAACCAACUCAAUAAAAAUAAAUGGCUUAAAUUAUCACCUGUAGUCCAAUAUUUCAUCAAGUAAACCCAGAGACUCAAAAAUGUUUGGAUGAUUCAGAUUGGGGGGAAAAAAAAGUAUUUUCAAUGAAAUUAUUUAAAAAUUGUUUUAGAUAGGUAAACCUUCUGAUUUGAUAUACAGUGUAGACUGAAAAUAUGCAACUGAAAAAUAUUUCGGAAAACUUUAAAAAGAUUUUGUUGUUGUUGUUUUUAAUGAUCACAGUGAUGUUAUUUAACAGCAAAAAGAGAAAAAGAUCAGAGGACACUGGGGCAGAGCAAAGUAAAAGGUUAUGUACAGAUGAAGUCUCCAGAAAUUAGGACAGCUUUCUGAUGACUGAUACUGAAUCAUUGAGUAUGACACCACCCCAUUCAGUGUCAUUUUACUACAAAAUACUUAACAAAUUUUACAUUUGAUUUUGGUGUAGUAUAAAUUUAUUAUGCAUGUACAAUACAUGAGCAACUUAUCAUAGAAGUGGAAGAAUCUGAUAAUCAACCAUUCUCAAAAGUCUGGGUUUCUGAGUCUAACCUUGGCCAUGGGACCAAGGCUAAGAGUGCACUCUGGACCUCUGACAUGAUGAGGAUGACAAUGAACAGGUAAAACGGUUUAAUAAAAUAAUCAAUCAGUCAUGUAUUAGUAUUGAUACUAAUUGUAUAUAGAUAAAAUGGAUCAGUCAUGCACUAGUGUUUAUACAAAUUAUCAUUAAGUUAUUAUUAAAAUACUUCUGUCUGUACUGAUGAUCUGUAGGUUUCAAUAGAAACACUGUCUUUGUUUGAUGUCGUAUAUGUAUUAGAAUGAAUAUUAAAAAUCUUUGAUUUGUC